UUAGAAGAGGUUGCCUGUGGAUGACAACCCCGUCAGUAUGCGUGUGGGUGAGAGCGAGAGAGGACGAGGGAAAGGGAGAGAGAAAGAAGAAGAAGAAAAAGUCGAGAAAGUGAACGUGAACGAAUAGUGGUUGUACAGGAAGAAGAGGAGUAGGAGAAAGACAAAAGAGUAGAAAAGGCGGAAGUUGAAAAAAAAUAAAAAGGUAGAAGAAAAAAAGGCAAGAGAAGAAAAGGAGAAGAAGAAGAAGAAAAAAAGGCAGGAGAAGAAAAGGCAGAAAAAGAAAAAGAAAAGGCAGAAGAAGAAAAGGCAGGAGAAGAAAAGGCAGAAAAAGAAAAAGAAAAGGCAGAAGAAGAAAAGGCAGAAGAAGAAAAGGGAGAAAAAGAAAAGAAAUAAAAAGCGAAGAAAAAGAAGAAGAAGAAAAAAAAAAAAAAGGGGGAGCAGACCCCUUCCAAAGUACCCUUGAUGCUGAGACCAUGUUCAUGACGGGGCUCGUCUCCAUCACUCAUCUCCUCUCCUCCAGCAUCCCGAAUCUCACCGGCUCCUCCCACCAUGCAGGAGGAGAGGAGGGCAAAGCAGGCCUGGGGAUGGACGCGUCGGGGAUGUCGCCCUCGGGGGCCUCCCUCCCCCCCGGCACGCCCCCCGACGAGGAGCGGCCGGGCUCGGCGCUGAGCACGGCGUCCAGGGCCUCCCGCAUCCCCGUGCUCAACCGCUCCGCCUCGCUCAGGAUCAAGGGCUCCUCCUCGCAGGCGGCCGAGGCUAGGCCCAGAGGCGACCCUCGUCCGGGGGCGCCGCCCGCCAGGGGCAUCGUCAGGCUCUAUGGGCACCUAGUUCGUUUCCCGGUGGAUGCCCCUGCCCAUCAGGGUGUCUCUCUGCGAGGCAAUCCUGAGUAG